CUCUCAUGGGGGUUAUAAAGUACUCUGUUUCAUGAUCUCUAAGAAAUUUCAAGCUCCUGAAAAAAAAGAAGAUUGAAGAAGUCUCUCAAAUUCCCUCUGCUAAAACCCAUCAUUUUAAAUUCAAUCUUCCUUUUGAUCCGAUCAUCAUCGUCCAAUGGCGGUUCCAGAUGCGGCGGUGAGUUUCCUGCUGGAAAAUGUGAGCCAAAUCCUAACAUACAACUAUCACCUGAUAGCUGAUGUGAAGGAAAACAUUGAGAAACUUGAAGGAAACUUGAAACUGCUGAAGAGCGCAAUGGUGGAUUUCUCCAAGUACAACGACGACAUGGAGUACGUGAAACAAAUCAUCAAGGACAUUAAGUCCAUUCUCUGGGAAGCUGAAGACGCCAUCGACAACUACUUAGCUCAAGCUGCCAUUCAGAAAUUCAGGAAAGGUGUUAUCAAGUUUUACCAUCAGUUCACCGAUUACCCGAAAGUGCUUCGGGAUAUCGGGAAGUGCAUCGAAGAAAUUGGUGAAAGAGUUGAGAAGAUCACCGCUGACAGGGUCAGAGAUGGGAUCGAGGCGUUGAAUUUCGGGGCCAUCAAUAACCUUAACCGAACUGCGAAAUCUGCCGAGGGAUCCAGAGUUGAAGAAGACCAGGUGAUCAUUGGGUUUGAUGGGGCAGCUGAGAAAGUGGAAGAGCUGCUGGUCAAAGGACCAGAAACUCUUGAGAUUGUCUCCAUAGUUGGGAUGCUCGGACUGGGGAAAACUACGUUGGCUAAGAUGGUUUUCAAGGAUCCUGAUGUUGAUUACGAGUUCAUGACUCGGGUCUUUGUUUAUGUUUCAGAAGAAUACCAAAAAAAAGAAGUGCUGCUCAAGAUUUUGGGUUCUUUCACCAAAAUCAAUGAUGAAGUCAGUGGCAUGGAUGAAGUAAGGCUUGAAAACCAUCUUAGACAACAACUAGAAGGAAAAAGUUAUCUGAUUGUGCUAGACGAUGUUUGGGAACCGACACACUGGGAUGACUUCAAGUUCGCUUUUCCUAAAAACAACAAGCGGUGUAGAGUUCUCAUAACUACUCGCCGAGAAGAUGUGGCCAGGCACGCGAACCCAACCAAUCCAGAUUCGGUAUAUAAGUUGGAUUUCUUGAAUUUUGAGCACAGUCGCGAGCUACUCAGGUGGAGGGUGUUUUAUAAAAAUGAAUGCCCUCCGGCAUUAGAAGAGUACGAGAUAAAAAUUGUCGAGAAAUGUGAUGGUUUGCCACUAGCAUUGGUGGUUAUUGCAGGUAUCCUCGUGAACCAUCCUGACAGGACUGAUUGGUGGAGGCAUGUUUCUAAUAGUGUCAGGGACUACAUUGCCAAGGAUGCAACUCAAGCCACCAAGGUGAUAGACUUGAUGUAUAAACAUUUACCAAACCAUUUAAAGACAUGUUUUCUCUAUCUUGGUGUCUUUCGAGAGGAUUUUGAGAUACCUGUUUGGAAAUUAGUGCGCCUCUGGAUUUCCGAGGGGCUCAUACCACAGGAAGGUGAUCUUGACCUGGAGAUCACCGCGGAACAGUACUUGGAUGAACUUGUUUACAGAAACGUAGUGAUGGUGGGGCAACGGAGGUCAAAUGACAAAAUCAAAACUUGUCGUAUGCAUGAUACACUUCGUGAGUUUUGUAAGAAAGAAGCCACGGAAGAAAACCUUUUCCAGGAAAUCAAAACCGAUAACCUAGACAUGAAACUAGAUCAAUGUCGCCGCAUUUGCAUCAACAAUGUUCAAAUUUCCAACUUCCUUUCUCCAACGACUUCAGGUAAAAGUGUUCGUUCUUUCUUAACCUGUCCUAAAGAAGACAUGGCUGCGGAUUUAAAGCUUGUUUCAAACAUUUCAAAGGCUUUCAAGCUUCUUAGAGUGUUGGAGAUUCCCUCCCUCAUUUCACCUCGUUUCUCACCCGACCUUUGUGGCCUUGUUCUUCUAAAAUACAUAGCCAUACAAAUCAUUGGUGGAAUUAUUCCUGCAGUUUUCUCUCAACUGUUGAAUUUGCAAACCCUUAUAGUCAAAACUUCUUCUCCAACACUUGAAAUCAAAGCAGACAUUUGGAAGCUAUCACAAUUUAGGCAUUUGCAUACUAAUGCAUCAGCCAGUUUUCCACCCCCUAGUUCAAGUGACAAAACAAAAGGUAAGGAAGGCGCUCCACCGCUGCCUAAGAAUGUCCAAACACUAUGCACCAUUUCGCCUGAAAGUUGCAACAGGGAAGUUUUUGCUCAGACUCCCAAAUUGAAAAAAUUAGGGAUUUGUGGAUCGUUAUCCAAGUUGUUUCAAGCAAGCAGUAAAGCCAAUUUGUUUGAGUAUCUUCGCACAUUGGAAUACCUGGAAAACUUGAAGUUGCUGAAUGAUGAUGACAUGAGCUCCAAGCUUUACAGUCUUCCUCCAAAGAAGAGCUUCCCUCCACAUUUAACAAGGCUCACUUUGUCUCACACAUUCCUGGGUUGGGACGAGAUGAGCGUAAUUGGGGAGCUAGACGAGCUCGAGGUCCUCAAGCUGAAAGAGUUCGCGUUUCAAGGAACCAAAUGGGAGCCUAAUAAAGGCGGAUUCAAGAGUCUGAAACACUUGUUCAUUGGACGCACUGAUUUGGUGGUCUGGCAGGCUUCAGUGGAUCAUUUUCCCAAACUGAAGAGUCUUGAACUCAAUGGCUGUGAUAAGCUUCAGAGCUUUCCACACGGCUUGGCCGAUAUUCCCAGUCUCCAAUCUGUGGUCCUUCACUGCACCAACACUAAUGUGGCUAACUCCGCGAGGAAACUCCAGGUAUUGAAGCUGAAACAAGCAAAUAAAGGCAACAAGAGUACCAACUUUAAGCUCUCAGUUUAUCCUCCAGAGCAUUGAAAUUUUCUUUGGCAGAUGUCAGUGUGGAAGAACCAGGCUCUGAGAAUUCUUUUGCUGAUGCACUGAUUUGAGAAGUAUUUGGUGGGUUUUCAAGAUGAUAGGACACAUCAUGUUGAAAACACCAUUGGUGUAUGUUUGUGUGCCUUUUUUCCCCUUCUUUGAAGUAAUAAUUUGGGGGUCCUUGUGGUUCAUCCUCCUAACAGUUCAUUCUGCAUUUUGUUUUUGUAAUUCAAGUAGUUCUGGCUUUGUUUUUAGCACUUUUUCAUUUUCUGCUUCUUUUCCUUCUCCAAACAGUUCAAUGUAUUCCAAACUUUCAAUCAAUUUAAGACAUUUGGAAAGAUAUUUCGUUUCUGCUA